UCGCGUCUUCGCAGGUUAGGGUUUCUCGCCGACUUGCGAUAAGAGAAGCUCACAGUAGCCUUCACUGUCCCCGUCGCCUCCUCUAGCAAAUUCGCCGCAACCAUGAUCAUUCCCGAGAAUAACAGGCGCGAGAUCUCCAAAUACCUCUUCAAAGAGGGUGUAUUGUAUGCCAAGAAGGAUUUCAAUUUGGAGAAGCAUCCAUUGAUCGAGAGCGUUCCGAAUCUUCAGGUGAUUAAGCUGAUGCAGAGUUUCAAAUCCAAGGAGUAUGUGCGUGAGACUUUCGCUUGGAUGCACUACUACUGGUACCUCACCAACGAAGGCAUUACCUUCCUCAGGACUUACCUCAAUCUCCCUUCUGAGAUCGUUCCUGCCACAUUGAAGAAGCAGCAGAAACCUGCCGGCAGGCCCAUGGGUGGACCCCCUGGUGACCGUCCUCGAGGCCCGCCUCGUUUUGAGGGCGAGAGAAGAUUCGGUGACAGGGAUGGGUACCGUGGAGGUCCGAGGUCUGGUGGAGAUUUUGGUGACAAGGGUGGAGCUCCUGCUGACUACCAACCUUCUUUCAGGGGACCGGGAGCUAGGCCAGGAUUUGGCCGUGGAGCUGGUGGCUAUGGUGCUGGUUCGGCCGCAGGAUCUGGUCUUCCUUGAAGAUAGAAGAAUACCCUCUUUUUUUUUUGUCUCAAGUUAGUUAAUAUACUCUUCAUUGAGAACAAUGUGUUUUGAACUUUAGUUUAUUAAUUGCAGCUUUGUGGCAGUUCAAUUCUCAUCUUCACUUGAUCUCUCCGAAUUCAUAAAGGUUGUCAUUUCUUCAA